UCCUAUCCCAUUGCUUUCGUUCCGGCCACUUUUUCUCUCCCUCUGAAAAAAAUCAAAUCCAAAUUUCACCAAAAAAAAUCACAUUUCUGAAUACCAAAAUCAAAUUUCAGAAAAAACCCAACAGUUCGGAACAUUUUAAUUUUAAUUUUAUUAAUUUAUGAGAUUUUAUUUCGGAUUUUUGAGAGAUUACGAGGCUUUGUGGUUAAAUUUGCAGCUGGCGGUUGAGGUAGGUAGCUAGGGCUUUUGGGAGGAGGAAUAUGAUCGGGUGCGGCGAGCUCUAACGUUGGAUUUAAGAGAUGAUUGCUAUGCGCUAGGAAGAGGAAGGGUCGUGGUGAUCGUUAGAGAAGAAACGACGGCAUUUUGGGGGGUGGGAAUGGACUGCCGGGUGGUGUGCAUGGCGGGCGGCGACGUUUGGGUGAGGGGUCAGAUCGGAGGGGCUUUAAGCCACGAGAGCGAGCACGACCUCGCUCUCAUGGUCACUGAUUUUUGGGAAAACGGUAGCGUUGGAGCGGAGUCUUGGUGUAGCAGCGACAGCGAUUCUGCUCUCUCCGAUCUCGGUCGCCUCGCCGAUAAAAUUCCGUUUUUCAAGCGUUCAGUGGCUCAGUACGAAAACGAUUUGACGUCUGUGGUUCAUUCUCUGAUACUGUCCAUCAGCGAGAACGAUCUUAAUUUUGUGAAGUCAGGUCAAUGCAAUUCCAGCUGCAUCAAGUUUGAUCUGGUUAAGCUUCUGAGGCUGUCUGGUUAUGAUGCUGCCGUGUGCGCGGCUCGGUGGCAGGGCACUGGCAAGGUCCCUGGAGGGGAUCAUGAAUAUAUUGAUGUGGUGAACUACAACAAUUUGGGGAGCUCUGAGCGCCUUAUCAUUGACCUUGAUUUCAGAAGCCACUUUGAAAUAGCUAGAGCGGUUCAAUCGUAUGAUAGAAUAUUGAACUCACUACCAGUUGUUUAUGUGGGCUCCUUGACUAGGCUGAAACAGUAUCUUCAAGUUAUGGCCGAAGCUGCUAGAUCUUCCCUCGAGCAGAACUCGAUGCCUCUACCUCCGUGGAGAUCACUCGCUUAUCUGCAAGCGAAAUGGGAAUCUCCGUACCAGAGACAGUUUAAUAUAGACGAACAGAAUGUCAACGGUUCCUACAAUUUUGACCACAAGCAAUGCAGUGCGCAUUUGAAGAUGCUGCAGUCUCUGCUUCAGUCUGAAAUUGAAGCAGAUAGGCUGUUGAAGCAGAUAAACAACGAUCAUAUUAGGAAGCACAAGCCCGAUAGGCGGAGGCACUCUUUGUUCAGGACUCACUGAGAAUGUACACAUUUUCGGGCCUUGAGGCGAGAGAGGGCUCUUGGUGAGACAAUUGUAUUGCGGCUUUUCAGAUUUUUUUUCCCAGACCUUAAAUAAGCAUGAAUCUCCGAUUCAGAACGAAGGCAGGUUCAUAUAGCCAACAUGAAUAGCAAUAAGUCAUACUAUAGUUGAUAAAUUUCCACUGUUCGUUCUUGCUGGGGAGUCUUUCAUGAUUCUUUUACUUACUCUGCACUCGCGUCAAGCAGCACCACCGGGUUUUCGGAAUUGCUGCAGGUUCAGUCCAGCAGCAUCAACGGCCGAUCAAGGCGGUACAAGUUCUUGCUCGACUACGAUGCAUCAAUUUUCCCAUUGUAUCUGUUUUUUGUUCUUUGUUAUCCUCUUGAAUGUAUCCCUUUCCCCUAAUUUUUCUGGGCCAAGGAAAUUUUGUCACUGUUAUCUUUUUUCUGUUUUCCAUUUCUGCAAAUGUUGAGUUCAUAACUUCCCCAGCAGAACAACUUUAAUUUUUUUUUAACCCUAAUAAUGAUGUUGAUGUAUUGUUUUUUUUUUUAC